CUUGGGGCGCCCUUGGGGCGCUCAGGUGGGAGGAGGAGGAGGAACAUGAGCCCCGCCCGUCCCCACUUCCCCUUCCACCCUGCCCCUGGCCCCAGGCGGAUGCCCCCUCAGGAGGGCACGGCGCCGCGACAACAGCGCCGCAGCCCCACGGCAGGAGGCCGCCGGGCCUGACGCAGGUCAUCCCGAGGGAAUCGCCCCCGCAGCAGCCUGGCAGCCCCGGCGCCGCCCCCGCAGCCUCGCGAGCGCCGCCCCUGGUCGGCCACCUCUGGACCGCGGGCUCCGAGGCUGGCAGCGGCACCGCCGACCUGGCCGUCCGGAGUAAAACGCUCAACGGUAAGACCUUCAACCCGCUCCUGCAGUUUCACCAGCAGAUGCAGAUGAACCGUUGCAGAUCUGCGCCGACGGCGUCGAGGGGCCAGGAGGCAGGCGUCAGGAGGGCCACGUCAACGGCGGCCGUCAGGUC